AUGGGAAUACAGGUCACUCCACUGUAUGGAGCUGGCACGGAUGGCCCUGUCUGUAAUCUUCUUCAGAUUGAUCAACUCCUAUUGUUGCUGGAUUGCGGAUGGGACGAUGCCUACGAUAUGGAGCUCCUGCAUCCACUGAAGAAUGUUAUUGGUCACGUGCAUGGCGUGCUUAUCACGCAUCCAGACCCUGCUCACCUUGGAGCUCUCCCAUACCUGGUUGGUCGGCUCAAGUUGUCGGUGCCAGUCUAUGCCACAUUCCCAGUGCAGAAAAUGGGGGAGAUAUUCAUGUACGAUCAGUACGUGACACGGCAUGCAGUUACAGACUUUGCUGCCUUCAAUCUUGAUGAUGUCGACGAGGCCUUUGCUCGCAUCACGCCCCUCAAGUACCAGCAGACUUUGACACUGGAAGGGCCAGGUGAGGGGUUCUCCAUCACCCCCUUUGCAGCAGGACACCUGCUGGGAGGCUGCAUCUGGCGCAUCACAACUCCAGAGGAGGAGCACAUCGUGUAUGCGGUGCACUACAAUCACAAGAAGGAGCGCCACCUGAACGGAGGGGUGCUGGACUCUGCCUUCUCCAGGCCGGCCAUCCUGAUCACCGACGCGGACAAUUCAAUGCUGGAGGGUGCUGUGCGCAGCAGGGAGACGUUGGACAAGGAGCUCAGAGAGGCCGUCAUGGCCACCGUCCGCGCAAACGGAAAUGUGUUGAUACCUGUGGAUGCUGCUGGGCGGCUGUUGGAGUUAGUCCUGCUGCUGGAGGAGCACUGGGACAAGCAGAAACUGACCUACCCCUUGGUCCUGCUCUCGCCAAUGGCAUACAACGUCCUGGAGCUUGCCAGCAGUCAGCUGGAGUGGAUGUCCCACUACAUUGGGCAGAUGUUUGAGCGCACGAAGCAAAAUCCUUUUUCUGUCAGGCAAGCCAAGAAGCUGAAGCUCUGUCGGACAACGGAGGAGCUGGCUAAGCUGCCCCCUGGCCCAAGAGUGGUCAUGGCAACUCUGCCUUCGCUGGAGGCCGGAGCUUCUCGUCAGCUCCUGACUGAAUGGGCCACCAACCCAGCAAAUCUGAUCCUCUUUCCUGGCCGCGCCCCGAAUGACACAUUGGCGGGACUUUUGCAGCAGAACAUGCAAUCUGGACAGCCGUUCACUGUACCGAUACGGCUGUCAAAGCGAAUGCCCCUGCAAGGCGCAGAGCUGCAGGCGUGGCAGGAGAGUCAGACUGCACAUGUCCUGGAGGAAGAAGAAGAGCCAGCGAUUAGCACAGAGAGCAUUGGGAAAAUUUCGCGAGCCACCUCUGACGGAGCAAAAUUGGCGCCUGCAUCACUGCAGCCCUCUUCCAUGGCAUCCCUCCCAGCUGCCAGAGUGCUCAUCGAUGGCUUUGUUGUGCCUGAGGGUGCUGUAGCGCCCAUGUUCCCCUCUGAAGAUGACGACAACGAGUACGAUGACUACGGAGCUCUGCUUCAUCCGGGAGAGUUCCAGCAAGCCGGUGGCACUGCAACUGCUAUGUCGAUGGAUAUGGAUGAUGGGGAGGACAGUCCAGAAGAAGAGGAGGUUCCAACAAAGGUGGUUUUUGAGGAUAUUAAGCUGCCGGUGCAUGCGCGGCUGCUGCUGCUCGACUACGAUGGCCGCAGCGAUGGCCGCAGCAUGCGCCUCAUCCUGGGCAAAGUUGCUCCGCGCCAUCUAGUUCUUGUGCACGGAACCCCCCAGGCGACACAGGUGUUGAGAGACGCAUGCGGGGACGACCUGUACUCUGUCAAUGGCCAGGUGCACUGCCCAGCCAACGGAGAGACCGUGGACGUGUCGGCGGGGACGUCCUCCUUCCAAGUGGGGCUGUCGGACGGGCUGCUGGCGCAGUUGCGGAUGCGGCAGAUGGGGUCAGAGUAUGCGCUGGCCUGGGUGCACGGCGUGGUUGCGUCGGUCAACUCUGGCGCACUGCCAGAGGUCCUGCCGGCAUCAGCAUCUGCCGGGGAGGCCCUGGAAGGCGGCGUGUUCAUAGGAGACGCCAAGCUGUCAGACUUGAAGACUGCGUUGGAAAAGGAGGGGAUUGCGGCAGUCUUUGUGGAAGGCAACCUUCAGUGUUCGGGCAGUGUCUCUGUGAAACGGACCGUGCCAGAGGACGGGGGGAUUAUCUUGGAGGGUCCCUUGUCGGACGAUUACUACCGCAUCAGAACUGUGCUCUAUAGCCAAUAUCAGGUUUGCUAG